AUGAUCAUUGUCAACGAUGUAAAUCCAUCAGAAUAUGUUUUCUGUUUGAAAAAUUUACUAUCAUUAGAAUUAGGCAAUACAAAUCUUACACUGCUACCAGAUAUAGCAAAUUUGAAAAAUCUAACACUCCUACGAAUCGAUACUGAUAAUGGUAUGAUCGGUGAAUCUUUGCCAGGUAAAAUUGGACAGUUGUCAUGGUUAUCGACGUUAUCAUUCACUAAAAUCAACAAUCUAAAAUCUCUACCUGUUCAAAUUGGUCUAUUGUCUCGAUUGCAAUCGUUAAUUUUGGCACAAAUACCAAAUCUAGAAAAUAUUUCUCCUCUUAGUAUUGCUAGACUAACUGAAUUACGCACAUUAAACUUUAUCGACGUACCUAAAUUGUCCAAACAUCCAAAUCCAAUGGGAAGUUUUCAAAAAUUAACUAAUUUAGAAUUAACAAAUACGAAUUUAUCUGAUUUACAAUUGAAAAACUUACAGCAAUUAUCAUCAUUAGUCAUCUCAUCGAAUUUGGCAAUGAGUUCGAUUCCAAAUCAACGAUAUGCCUAG